AUGAUCCUUGUGGUAUUAGUUUUAGACAGGAGAGUAGUUAAGGGCAAGGUUGAAUACUUUCUUAAAUGGAAAGGAUAUUCUAAUGAUGAAAAUACAUGGGAACCAGAAGAAAAUCUGGAUUGUCCAGAUCUAAUUGCACAAUUUGAAGAACAACGUAAAAAGAAAGAAGCAGCUGCAGCUGGUAAACGACAUGAAAGUAAAGACCACAAGAAACGAAAAAGCAGUCCUGCACCUAUUCAUAAUGUGAAGAAAAAAGUGACCGAAGAAAAGAAACCAGAAGGAUUUGACAGGAAUUUGGAUCCUGAACGGAUUAUUGGUGCAACAGAUUCAAGUGGAGAAUUGAUGUUUUUAAUGAAAUGGAAAGGAACAGAUGAUGCAGAUUUAGUUCCUGCUCGAAUUGCUAAUGAAAAAUGUCCACAAAUUGUGAUAAAGUUUUAUGAAGAACGAUUGACAUGGCAUAGCCCUACUCAUGAUGAGGAAAGUUCAUCAAAGGCUGACCCAGAGUAGCGUCCCGCCUUCCGAUAUACAUAUGCAGCACGCUUUAGAAUUUGUCGCAUAUAACAAAAAAUAGCGUGUACAAAAUGAAAAACAUGAAGAUUUAUUGGUUAUUGCACUGUAACGAUAUUAUUAAUAUUAACAUUAAUGAUCUUAACAAAUAGGCAAAUCUCAUU